CGCAUGUGUAGCUGUCGUCUAGUUGCGCUGCUCAAAGGCACCGAGGCGGAGAGGGUUUCUCUCCGCUCACCUGCGCCUAGCCACGGCGGCUCUGCUGCGCUCCAAGGCCGGAAACAGUCCCACUGGAUCCGUCCGACGCUUGGAGGACCGGCUGUCCUCCCGCAGAUGGUCUUUGUGUGCAGGCGGGGGACCUGGAAGCCCGGGCCCGCCGCGGGAGCGAGGAGGAAGCCUCGGAGCUCCCCUGUUCUAACCCAGAGAGCCGCGGCUACAGUCCGGCUUCCUCUCAACUAGCAGGUCGGCUAGCAUCCAUCCGCAGCGGGGCUUGGGGCAGCAGCGGUCAGGCCGGAUAGGGGACCGCUCGCUGCUGCUUCGGAUCGAGAUUUCUGCGCUGGGUUUCAUGCUGGAUUUGUUUUUCUGCGGGCUAUUCCUUAAAACUGGAAAUCGCGGCGCUGGAGGCCGGCUAGCUGCGGGCUAGCUGCCCCGGAUUACCAGGGUAACCAGACAGCGGAGACUCUGCGGGAAAACAGGCCGUCUCCCGGCGCUCUCUGGCCCGCUGACAGACCUCACCGGAGGCUGGGGCGCAAUAAUGGCGGCCUUAAUCAAAAUCAAGGAGAUCGUGAGCAGGAACAAAAGGCGGUACCAGGAGGACGGCUUCGACCUGGACCUGACCUACAUCUAUCCAAACAUCAUAGCGAUGGGCUUCCCCGCCGAGCGACUGGAGGGCGUUUACAGGAACAACAUUGAUGACGUGGUUCGGUUUUUAGAUUCAAAGCACAAGAAUCACUAUAAGAUCUACAAUCUAUGUGCGGAGCGACAUUAUGACACGUCAAAGUUCGGCUGCCAAGUCGCACAGUACCCGUUUGAGGACCACAACCCGCCCCAGCUGGAGCUGAUAAAGCCGUUCUGUGAGGACCUGGAUCAGUGGCUGAGCGAGGACGAGCAGCACGUCGCCGCCAUCCACUGCAAGGCGGGUAAGGGCCGCACCGGCGUCAUGAUCUGUGCCUACCUGCUGCACCGAGGAAAGUUCCAGGAAGCUCAGGAGGCCCUCGACUUCUACGGAGAGGUCCGCACCCACGACAAGAAGGGCGUUACCAUCCCGAGCCAGCGCCGGUACGUCAUCUACUAUAACUUCCUGCUGAAGAACCAGUUGCAGUACAAACCAGUCGCUCUGCUCUUCCACAAGAUGCUGUUUGAAACCAUCCCCAUGUUCACUGGAGGCACCUGCAACCCUCAGUUUGUUGUGUACCAGCUGAAGGUGAAGAUCCACACGUCUAACCCGUCCCACACCCGGAGGGAAGACAAAUUGAUGCUGUUUGAGUUCCCCCAGCCACUUCCUGUCUGCGGAGACAUCAAAGUGGAGUUCUUCCACAAGCAGAACAAGGUGCUGAAGAAGGAGAAGAUGUUCCACUUCUGGAUCAACACUUUCUUUAUUCCGGGACCCGAGGAGACCCCUGAGAGGAUAGAGAAUGGCAGCGCGGGGACACCCAGAGAACUCUUCGACAGGACGCAGCAUAACCCGAUGACAGGAAGUGAAACCAAUGACAGAGACUACCUGAUCCUCACUCUGACCAAGAACGACCUGGACAAGGCCAACAAGGACAAGGCCAACAGGAACUUCUCCCCAAACUUCAAGGUGAAACUCUUUUUUACCAAGACGGUAGAAGAAGGAGCUAACUGUGACGCAAGCAGCACGGCCUCGGUGACGCCAGAUGUCAGCGACAACGAACCGGAUCACUACCGCUACUCAGACACGACAGAUUCGGACCCUGAGAAUGAGGGGUUUGAAGAGGAAGAUCACAAUCAGAUCACAAAAGUCUGACACACACACACACUCUCUCUCUCUAAUACUUAAACAUACAGUUAUAUAUGUGUAUAUAUAUCUCCAGUAUGUAUGUAUACACACUUGUGAACCCCAUAUGGAAACUAGUGGGCAGUUAGCUUAUGGGGGAGUAUAAUCGACGGAUCAGAACUGAUUGGUGGGACUCUGGAUUGAAAGAGCUCUGAUCAGAAUAUAAACACCAUCCGAAUUUCUACUCCGUGCACAGCUGGACAAUCACGUGUUAUGGUGGGAGGGUGGGGGGUGGGGGUGGGGCAGGCAACAGUAUGACAGAUGAAUGGACAGACGGGAGAGUUUAAAGGUUAAAGGAGUAAAACUUGAACAUAAAUAAACUGAAAGACGAGUAGACAUCUUUAGUGGCCACACCGAGGUGUUUGUUGGAUAAAUUCCCUAUCAAGUUUCCUUCCCGCUGCAUCCCGACCAGUUUUAGGUUUCAUGCAGACCACUCUGGACUGUCUUCAUCUCUGCUCUCUUCAGUCUUUGGGUUUGUUAAGCUGUAUCUGAGUGUUGACUCUUCUCUCUGUGUGCUGACACCUUCAGCCCCAAACUCAAAUUCAGACCUUCAUGGUGACUCUGGACCCAUGUGGAUUUUUGAAGGCCAGUACCAGUACUUCAUUUGAAUCAUUGCUGAUUUCCAGGGGGAUCAGGGGAUUUCCAUGCUUUGUUUUUAGCUUGGCUUCUUAUCUCAAAAGGAUCUGAAACUUGGAUCACACUCGGACACAAAAACUAGUUUACCUGACUUAAAACGUGAAAACAAGAUACUGAAGAUACUGUGGUAAAUUUGGUAAAAUUGCAGCUUUACGAUUUAGCAGAUCUUUUGUUAUAAAAAGAGAAGCUGAUAGAAACUCUGCUUUUUAAAAAUGUUGGACACCCCACCCCCACCCCCCAGGUCAACCUGAUGGGGUGGCAGACUGCUGAUAAUUUAUUCUCCUGAUUACUUUGAUUUCACAAAUCCAAACAGAUACUUCACCCUGGUUUUAAGAGAUCCUGAUCCAGUUUGGAACAACCCGUUUAAGCCAGUGUAAAUCAGGUUGGGCCAGUGGGUCUGAACAGGUUUGGACAACCCUGGCUAAUUUGGAACCAUCCAAGUCCAUUUUGGGCUCAGUUUAGAUCAGAAAGUCUGCAUUAGAAUCCAUCACAUCAGUUUUCUUGAAUUUGAAAUGCUCCCUCCCCAAGCACCUUUCAGCAUCUCUCUCCCUGACUCGUGUUUGGACCAAGCUGGACUGGUCUCAUCGCUGAUCUAGACCCAGUUUGGGACAAAGCAGCGCACAAAGAGAACUGACAACUUGCUGUUGAAUGUGGCAAUGAAGAAGAGAAACUUUAUUAUUCACAAUCUUCUGCAGCUCUGUCAAUCAUCUGCUGUUAAAUGCUUACAGUACGACCCUACUGUGAACACGUGCUAUCACUGCUUUUCUGUCUGUCCUCAGUUUUGCACAGAAGGAUUCUCUUUGGCCCUUCAUCAGCUCCUACACUUACAGGAACCUUAUUUUUGUUGUACUCGGAAUUAUAUCAAUCAUUAAGCUAAAGGACAAACAAGCUACUGCACAGUAUAACCAUUCCUGCAGCCAAUCUGCUUUAAGCUGCACACCUAUAUAGGCUAACACCCACGACACAGACUGAAGCAGAAAUCUUUGACUCCAGAGUGCUUGGUGUUGGUGUGUCUGGCAUGCACUUUAUAAAGGACACUUGAAUCUUGAUGGCCUUGUAAAUAUUUCUGGGCUAGCUCAGUCCAUCCAGGAGAUCCCAUUUAGCUCAUGUUGUGUGAUUUUUGUCAGGCUGAAAGAUGUAGUCCUUAUAAUGCUGCCGUUUGAGUUCUGAGCUUGGAGUUUCUCAACCUGGAGGUCAGUCCUCAGUGUGGGAGUGCCAUAAAUUAGUUAGUUUCAUGGAUUCUAGUAAAAAUAUAAGCUAAAGAUCGGUGCAUUUAGAGUAUCUUGUAAAUGGAUGUUGGGACUCAAAUGACAUUGGACAUGAGGAUUUUGAGAUUACUGGCCAAAAAAAAGGUUGAGAAACGCUGUGCUAACCAAACAGCUCCAUCAGGAGGAUCAGCCUCUGUGUGUCUCUGGUUUCUGACAUUUCAAAGUGGGUGAUGCUCUAGAAUUAUUACUCUGUCCAUAGACUAUUAGUCGUUUUUAUUCACUACUACUUCUUGGAGACGUUUAAGCACUUAUAUUCUUGCAAACUGUACCUUUAACACCAGGGACGAUGGUUUGAGAAUCACUUUAGCAUCACUGCAGGUUUGAGACUUAUUUCAAAUUUACAGACUCAAAUGAACAUUAGAGAUACUCCAGUUAUUGAAGGUUUGACCUUAUCUUUUCACACAAGAAGGACUCUUUUUAAAGUUAAAACAGGCUCUUGGACAACUGUUUUGUGCAUUAAGCUUCUUCCUACACAUCUGAUAUUUUGCAUAUGUAAAGUAUUCUAUAUACAGUUCUAAUAAGACAAUAAAUACAAUAAGAUAAAUGCUAUCUGAGCUCAUUAAAUUUGGCCACCCACUAUAAAUGUCUGUCCGAUUGAUCGGAGAAUCUCCAUUGUUCAUCUAAAGGACUAUCUGUCCACAGGUCGGAUAUAGGUAGAGGUUUUAGUCCUGACGCCUGAUUUCUAUCUUUACAUUUGGUGCUAAAACCCAUCAUUGACCCUGCUGUUGAUUGUUCGUGGUAGGUGCAGUAUCUUGGGUCUUGAAGUCCCUGUUGUCAAACCUAUUGGUCUUGUGAAGUUUGAUCACACAGGAUGCACUAUGAGGCUGUAAAACAUAAACACCAAAGCUGUAGUGCCAAUACCUUCCACAGAAAACCUGCAAGAUUUAGAGGGUGGAGACCCAAACUAAGUGUUAGUGACUUUUAUAAUGAGAGACAGAGAGGUCAAUGAUGAUUGUGUUCAAUCAUGGAUAUGGUUACAAUUAGGAUAUUCAGGAUAUGCCAAACCUUAGGGUUGAGCCUAAAAGAACAGGAUCUGAAGAAGUUCGCUGGGAACUCAUCUGGGACUAAUCCCGAUGUAGACGGGGAACUUGUCUGCUCUUGCUUUUCAAGGUUUAAGAUGUUUACUAAGUUUCUGAUGAUAAUGAUGGAGCAGGAGCAAUAACAACUAAUGGGGGAAAAAAAAAAAAAAACCUCAAAGCAGAAAUUACCUCAGUGCUGAUGCUUUUUGGAAUGCCUGGGAAUUUGUUGGAAAUGCUAUCUUCUGGUUGCAGCUUACCGCCUGUGUUGAAGGAAGAGAAAUCACUGGCUGUUCUGAUUGUCAGAUUGUUUAUACCUGAACUACACAGCAGCUCUUUGAAGUCAUUGGAAGAAGUGGGAAUAGCUGCUGGCACCUGAAAAAACUGCAUCCUGUGUGAUCACUUCGUGAGUAGCACUCUGGCUCAACUAAAGUCUGUAGCCUCGCGGUAACAGCAAGCCAGUGCGUUUAAGCAGCCGCUGUCAGGCCUAUGGUACAUCAUGUUGAUCUUUAGAUGCUGAGCUAGCUAGGGCUGAUGCCGACCCUGUUGUUCAUCUGUGGUGCUCUCUACCAGCAGCAAGUGUUCGUCCAGUCUUGAUCUGUGACGCCAAGCAGCUCUGUCAUCAGUGUGCCAGCCACUGGCAUUUUACAGCAGCACUUCCUGUCUUGAGUCCUGUUAGGUGCUAUCAGACCUGGCCUCACUUCCUGUCAUCGACCCGUUCAGCAGUGACCAGCAUUUAGACCAGUGUGGAGCUUAAAGAGGUGAUACCACAAAGUUGGAGGUUCUACUCCAGUUUCAGGUGAAUUUGUUUUUAUGAACCACUUUUUAUUGGAAAUGCCAUCCCUUGUCCAUUAGUUGCUCAUAAGGCUUGGGGUAGCUCUGUAAGGUUCCAAAAAGAUGGGUGUAAGUGGUGUGUUGGAUAACUUCAAAAUAUUGAAUCAAACACCUUUGUGAUUCUCCAAA